CAGUAUCACAUAUCUCGCCGCUACUCUCACGGAUGAACUGCAUCUUCCUCCUCCGUUCGGAAUCCGAGUCGCAUUCUCUCACUGCCGUGUGUCUAUUUCUCACCUGUUUUCUCUGUUCUUCUUCUUCUUCUUCUUCCUCUAUCUCUUCUUAUCCUCUUCGACUUCCGCAAAUGCUGUCCGUCCACUUGUCCGCGUGUGCCUACGCGAUUGCGUGCGAAAAGUGCGUGACCUCGCCGGCGCCGGGCGUUUAAGCGCGGCUUUAAUUCGGUAUCGGUGAGAGCGGAGGACGGAAAAGAAACCGGUAUCGUGGGGAGAGAGUAGAGAAGAGAAGAGAGAGAAUCCUCUCUCGGCUCCACGUACCACUGCCCUAGUGUUGUUUUCGCGGACGCGCACCUCGUACGCACGAACACGGAAGAGCGCACACGCACGACGGCUGGCAGCACGGUUGGUGCGGCUCCGUUCAGCGAUUUUUGUGAACGUACAUCGCGCUGACACGUUCGGACGAGCAGAAUGUAUCGCGUGCUACUUUUUCUCAUCUUCAUUUACGGGAGCAUUCAUGGAAAUGCCGUCUCGCACUUUCCCAACAAGGGAGACGUCCCCCGCCAGUAUCAUCCCCGUUUCUUGACGUACGAGGAUCCGCACAACAUCGAGUUCAAGUAUCACAAUUACGAGCAGAUGAGCCGCUUUCUACGCGCAACGUCCCUUCGAUUUCAAAAUCUCACCGCGCUCUACUCGAUAGGAAAGUCGGUGAAAGAUCGUGACUUAUGGGUGAUGGUCGUGUCGUCAUCGCCGUACGAGCACAUGAUCGGGAAGCCCGACGUGAAGUAUAUCGCCAACAUACACGGAAACGAAGCUGUGGGACGCGAGUUAAUGCUGCAUCUCAUUCACUUUCUCGUGACAUCGUAUGGAUCAGAUGCGUAUAUCACUUGGUUGCUGGACAAUACGAGGAUUCACAUUCUGCCGUCGAUGAAUCCCGACGGCUUUGAAGUUUCCAAGGAGGGGAACUGCGACGGUGGUCAAGGCAGGUACAACGCGCGCGGCUUUGACUUGAAUCGCAACUUUCCGGACUACUUUAAGCAGAACAAUAAAAAGAGUCAGCCGGAGACAGAGGCUGUUAAGGAGUGGGUAUCAAAGAUCCAAUUUGUGCUCUCGGGCAGUCUGCACGGCGGUGCGCUCGUAGCGAGCUAUCCCUUCGACAAUACCCCGAAUUCGCGAAUAUGUCGAUCAGCGCCACUGUGUGCAGUGUUUCAGAGUUUUACAUCGACGCCGAGUGUCUCGCCGGAUGACGACGUGUUUCAGCACUUGUCGCUCACGUAUUCGCGAAACCAUGGCUCUAUGUAUCGGGGAUUAGCGUGCUCGCCCUCUCAGCCCGCGUUUAAACGCGGCAUCACCAACGGCGCCGAGUGGUAUCCGCUCACCGGCGGCAUGCAAGACUUCAACUACGUGUGGAACGGAUGUAUGGAGAUCACCUUAGAGUUGUCUUGCUGCAAGUAUCCGCCGGCCUCGGAUCUGCGGCAUUACUGGGAGGAGAAUCGAGCGUCCCUGAUCAAGUUUCUGGCGGAAGCUCACAGAGGUGUUCACGGCUUCGUCAUCGACGAGAACGGCAAUCCCAUCGAGAGAGCGUCCGUCAAAGUGAAGUCGCGAGACGUCAGUUUCUCGACGACCAAGUAUGGCGAAUUUUGGAGGAUCUUAUUACCGGGCAUGUAUAAGUUAGAGGUAUUCUCGAGCGGAUAUAUACCACGUGAAGUGGAAUUUGUGGUAAUCGAGCAACACCCGACGCUCCUCAAUGUUACGCUCUACUCGACGAAAAGACAGUAUGACGAGGAAAGUGGAUCCGUUUUAUAUAACGGCAAUCCCGGCGGCAGACCUUAUCCGCACCGAGACCACACAUUACAUUACCGGCCGCAGUCGGGCGUCAACACCGCGGCCGACGCAAACAGCGGCAUUUUCUCGUCUCUCAGCAACGGAUUCAAUACCUUCGUUACCAAUCUCUUCGGAUAGUUUGUAGUCCCGCGAGCUACACCCCGGCAUAUCCAAUUAUUUAUUUCAACUAUAUUAUAGUCGCGAGUUCAAAUAUAAAUUGCGACUCGGCUCGAUGAGUUUUAGCGUCUUCAAUCACGAGAGUCGAUGAGCGCGAGCUAAUCGUCGUCCGAUUGAUCGGCAAGAUACUGCCAAACGAUGCCGCGUAGUCUAAACUACUGUUGCACGCGCGUGUUAUGUUUGAUAUAUAAUCUCUAAAUGAUAAAGUAUUUAUAUGUAUACCCGCCGAAAAUGUACGCGUUGUACAGUAAGUGUGCUUUGCGUUGUAUUUAUACAUGUAUGAUAUUGCCGCGUCGUGUAAAUGUGUGCGUGGAGGACGAUCACAUAUUUGCGAAAUGACCGGAUAAUAAUAAAUUAUAUAAAUUAUCACAACA